AUGGUGACAUACUCCCCCAGCCCUCAGCCCUCAACCCCCAGCCCCCAGACCUCAGCCCUCAACCCCAACCCUCAGCCCUCAGCCCUCAACCCUCAGCCCUCAACCCCCAACCCUCAACCCUCAGCCCCCAGCCCUCAGCCCUCAGCCCUCAACCCUCAGCCCUCAACCCCCAACCCUCAGCCCUCAGCCCCCAACCCUCAGCCCUCAGCCCUCAGACCUCAGCUCCCAGACCUCAGCCCUCAACCCCCAAUCCCCAGCCCUCAACCUUCAGCCCUUAGCCCCCAGCCCUCAAUCCUCAGACCUCAGACCUCAGACCUCAGACCUCAGACCUCAGCCCACAGACCUCAGCCCUCAGCCCCCAGACCUCAGCCCUCAGCCCCCAGCCCUCAUCCCUCAACCCUCAGCCCUCCCUCAGCCUCCAACCCUCAGCCCUCAGCCCUCAGCCCUCAACCCUCAGCCCCCAGACAUCAGCCCUCAGCCCCCAGCCCUCAUCCCUCAACCCUCAGCCCUCCCUCAGCCCUCAGCCCUCAGCCCUCAGCCCCCAGCCCUCAGCCCUUAGCACUCAGCCCCCAGCCCCCAGCCCUCAGCCCUCAACCCUCAGCCCUCAGCCCUCAGCCCUCAAGCCUCAAUCCUCAGCCCUCAGACCUCAGCCCUCAGUCCCCAGCCCUCAACCCUCAACCCUCAGCCCUUAGCCCUCAGACCUCAGCCCUCAGUCCCCAGCCCUCAGCCCUCAACCCUCAGCCCUUAGCCCGCAGCUCCCAGCCGUCAAUCCUCAGCUCUCAGCCCUUCCUCAGCCCUUAG